UCGGGCGGAGGGCCUAGAGGUCGCGGAGCGUCCUGUCGGCGGAGCAGACGCCUGCGGGUCUAGGGUGGGGCUUGAACGGCCUUGGUGGGGCUCGCCGGGGAGCGGAGGGAGUUGAAGUGUGUCGGAGGGCCUGGGUUCCGGGCCUAGGGAAUCCAGGCCUGGGGCGAGAGCACGCCUUAGUCUUUUUCCUUUACUCAGGCUCCCGCAACGCGACUCCCGGGAGUUACCCAGGGAUUUGUGGGGACUGCCUCCUGACUGUUAGAGAAGAUGCCUUACUUUGGCUCCGAGGACGUGGUGAAGGAGUUGAAGAAGGCUCUGUGUAAUCCUCACAUUCAAGCUGAUAGGCUGCGCUACCGGAAUGUUAUCCAACGAGUGAUUAGCUUAUAAUUGUGUUGGUGAAUGUCAGCCACUGUAAGCCAGCCAAGUCAACCUUAAUAACACCUGAUCCUUCACUGCUGAAGGUUAAUGGCACAUGACUCAGGGCUUGGAUAUGUCUGGUGUUUUCAUGGAAAUGGUGAAGGCCAGUGCCACUGUGGACAUCGUUCAGAAGAAGUUGGUUUAUCUUUACAUGUGCACAUAUGCCCCCCUGAAACCAGAUCUGGCUCUUCUUGCCAUCAAUACACUGUGCAAAGACUGCUCAGACCCCAACCCGAUGGUGCGAGGGCUGGCACUACGGAGCAUGUGUAGCCUCAGGAUGCCUGGUGUGCAGGAAUAUAUCCAACAACCUAUUCUCAGUGGCUUACGGGAUAAGGCUUCAUAUGUCAGGAGGGUAGCAGUCCUUGGCUGUGCCAAGAUGCAUAAUCUUCAUGGAGACGCUGAAGUGGAUGGUGCCCUGGUAAAUGAGUUAUACAGUUUGCUACGUGACCAGGAUCCAAUUGUGGUUGUGAACUGCCUGAGAUCUCUAGAGGAAAUUCUGAAACAGGAAGGAGGUGUUGUCAUCAAUAAGCCCAUUGCCCACCAUCUCUUAAAUCGAAUGUCAAAAUUGGACCAGUGGGGCCAGGCUGAAGUAUUGAACUUUCUGCUACGCUACCAACCCCGCAGUGAGGAAGAAUUGUUUGACAUUCUCAAUUUGCUGGACAGCUUUCUCAAAAGCAGUAGCCCAGGUGUGGUGAUAGGAGCCACAAAACUCUUUCUGAUCUUGGCAAAAAAAUUUCCACAUGUACAAACUGAUGUGCUUGUGCGAGUCAAGGGGCCUUUGCUAGCUGCCUGUUCUUCAGAGAGCCGAGAACUCUGUUUUGUUGCCCUUUGCCACGUGCGCCAGAUCUUGCAUAGUUUGCCAGGUCAUUUUAGCAGCCACUAUAAAAAGUUUUUUUGCUCCUACUCGGAGCCCCACUACAUCAAACUGCAGAAGGUGGAGGUGCUGUGUGAGCUGGUGAAUGACGAGAACGUGCAGCAGGUGCUGGAGGAGCUCCGUGGGUACUGCACUGAUGUGUCUGCUGACUUUUCACAGGCUGCCAUCUUUGCCAUAGGUGGCAUUGCUAGGACUUACACAGAUCAAUGUGUACAGAUUCUAACAGAGUUGCUAGGGCUUCGACAAGAGCACAUUACCACAGUGGUGGUGCAGACUUUCCGAGACCUGGUUUGGUUGUGUCCUCAGUGUACCGAAGCUGUGUGUGAGGCGCUGCCCGGCUGUGAGGAGAACAUUCAGGACAGCGAGGGGAAGCAGGCACUUAUUUGGCUACUUGGGGUCCACGGGGAAAGAAUUCCCAAUGCUCCUUAUGUAUUAGAGGACUUUGUAGACAAUGUGAAAUCAGAGACAUUUCCAGCUGUUAAGAUGGAGCUACUCACGGCUCUGCUGCGCCUUUUCCUCUCUCGACCUGCUGAGUGCCAGGACAUGCUGGGACGUUUGUUACAUUACUGCAUAGAGGAAGAGAAGGAUAUGGCUGUCCGGGACCGAGGUCUCUUUUAUUAUCGCCUCCUCUUAGCCGGUAUUGACGAAGUUAAGCGAAUCCUGUGUAGCCCAAAAUCUGACCCUUCUCUUGGACUUUUGGAGGAUCCAGCAGAAAGACCUGUGAACAGCUGGGCCUCAGACUUCAACACGCUGGUGCCAGUCUAUGGCAAAGCCCGCUGGGCAACUAUUUCUAAAUGCCACGGGGCAAAGCGUCAUAGCCCAGAGCUUUCUAACACCGCAUCUUUUACCACAUCAGGAUCCCUGAUUCCUGAAGAAAACAAGGAGAGAAUACAAGGACUCCCUGAUUCUGGAAGCCUCAUGCUAAUUCCCAAUCUCCAGCUAACUGCUGAGUAUUUUGAGAAAACUUGGCUUAGCCUCAAAGUUGCUCAUCAGCACAUAUUGCCGUGGCCAGGAGCAGUCCAUCCUGACACUCUCCAGAUGGCUCUUCAAGUAGUAAACAUCCAGACCAUCGCAAUGAGCAGGGCUGGGGCUCAGCCAUGGAAAGCGUACCUCAGUGCUCAGGAUGAUACUGGCUGUCUCUUCUUAACAGAAUUGCUGUUGGAGCCCGAGAACGCAGAAAUACAGAUCUCUGUGAAACAAACUGAGGCAAGGAUGGAGACACUGAACAGUUUUAUUUCUGUAUUAGAAACUGUGAUUGGGACAAUUAGAGACAUAAAAUCAUAGCAAAUUCUU